CGUAAAAAGCAUGCAUUUAACUUCCCGUGAUAACAUUUUUGUUGAAUUGAAUAAUCUUAGAUGACAAAAUGGAUAAAAGCACUUGCGAGCCGUGUAAACGAUUGGGUAAAACUAACCUGGCCUGUCAGUGGUGUGUGUCAUGUCAGGAUCUUUUAUGUUCUGAAUGUUGUAAUUACCACAAAGCUCUCACCGCCACAAAAAAUCACAUUCUGAUAACAAAUGUAAAAUACAAGGCAUUAUUACCAUAUAUGCCUUCCACGAAAUGCACAAAUCACCCGGAAAAAGAUUUGGAAUAUUUUUGCAGUGACCAUGAUUGUUCCUGUUGUAUUUUGUGUAAACGAAGUGAACAUAUUGGAUGCCAAAGAAUUGAGAAAAUAGAGGAAAAAAAUGCUGACAUAAGUCUACAAGAUCAAUUUAUAAACUUAAAAAUGAAAACAAAACGUGAUACUAAGGAUCUAAAUAUUCUUUCUAAUACCACGGAUGAAAACAUUUCGAAACUUAAUGAAGAUAAAGAAUCGUUAUUAGAACAAAUGAAAACAACUCGUCAAGAAGUUCUCAAGGCAUUAGAAGCAUUUGAAACUAAUACUAUAUCUGAUAUAGAGGAACAAUUUGACAAAGAAUGUGAAGAGUUGCGAAAACGCAAAGAUACAUAUUCACAAAAAUUGACUGAACUUGAGAAGUUUCAACACAUGCUACAUACCAUUGUGGACAUUAACAUGGAACAUAAUACAUCAUUAUUUUUACUUUACGAAAAGAGUAAACAACAAAUAAAACAAGACCAAUCCGUGGUAGAAAAAUUCAUAUCCUCUUACAAGAAUACUGUAACAGAAUCUAAAGUUGGAUGCGAAAUUGAUAUUGAAACGCUAUGUAUAAGGAUGGUGAAAACAAUAUCCUUUCACAAAGAUGAAAGUCCUAAAUUAAACUUGCACUCAACAGAAUUUGAAGAAAGUGAGACGAAUGCAUCUUCAACAGUAGAAGAGGAAGAAAUGCUUAGUGGAAACGACUCUAAUGAUGCGGUUAAAGACGAUAAAGUCGUUUUACCAACAACGGAUAAGGUUAUGCGGCGACCGAAAUACAAGCUCAUGUACAAGACCAAAUUGGCCUUGCUCCCUAUGGAUGCAAAGUCGACUAGUUUUCGCUUUGUAAAUGUGAUCUCAAAAAAUAUCGUUGUAGUUGGAGGAUCAUCAGAAAAACAAUUGACUAUCUAUAAUAGAAAUGGAACCAAGGAAGGAGAAUUUGGCCUGAAAUAUCCUGCAAAUUCUAUUGCGUCCAAAGGCAGCAUGAUCGCUGUUUCUGCAUACAAGGCAAUAGUUCUACUUGAUGCCAUUACGUUUAGGUUCAUUGAUUUGAUUCAAAUGGGAGAUAAUUGUUUUGGUAUAGCAUUGAUAAAAAACAAACUAAUCGUAAAUUGUGAGAAAAAAGGACUUACACUAAUGGAUCAAUAUGGAGUUGUCAGUCAAACAUUUAAGGACAUAGUUGGUAAUCUUCAGCUCUGUGUAGUAGGCGCUGAGUGUGUUGCAGUAGCUGGGAGAGAGUUACAUAAAGUACUUUACUUGAACAUUAAAACUUCAGCAGUACAAAGUGUUCCUUUGCCAGGAUACAGUUUGAUGAAAUUCCUUACUCCUUUCAGUAAUGAUAGCGUUUUAUUAAGUAUUUGUGGUGAAAAUAAAAUCUAUAAGAUCAAUUUUGCAUUGGAAGAAUACGGAGUAUGUGAUACCAGUGUUCCGCUUCAAAAACCAAUGGGACUUGAUUAUGACACAACUAGCAACGAGCUAUUUUUGGUUAAUUCGAAUGGUCGAUAUGUGAAUGUUUUUAGUAUGGAAUAG